AUGAAGAGAAAGUUCUCAGAGGCCGGCCAGCGCCCCUCACCCCGCACUGUUCGCUGCACCGGCGGGAGGGACAUCUGUCGCCCUCGGGCCGCCGUUGGCCCCUUUCCGUCACCUGCCGCCCACGCGCUGCAGGUCGCCCUGCCUUUGACCGGCGCCCUCCCUCCUGCCGCCUCCAGCUCCUCGGGGGACCCUCAGCGCCCGCCCCUGACGACGGUGCCGGGCGCGGGGCGGGCAGAGAGCGUCUCCACUGACCUGGCCGACGGUGGCGUCGGGCAGGGCAGCUCCCGGCGCGGGGAGCCCGGCCGCCAGGCGUCGGGCUCCGGCUUCGCAGGGCCGGCGGGACAGGACGCCGGCACGCGUUGCCUCCACAGACGGCGUGCAAGGGCAGAGGCCCCAGCUCACUCCACCUCGGGGGCCGUGAACGACUCAUGGCGGGCGGCUCAGGGGAGCUGGGGGCUCAGGCUUGCUAAGCGGGGCGUUGAGGAAGCACGGCCAGUGGCCUCCCCGUUCACCCUGACGUUCAAGCUGCACAACCGGCGCCCGGAUAAAGACACCGUGAGCGAUUCUACAGAAGAAGUUAGGAUCACGCCCAGGUCUCCAGCCUGGGCUUCGGGGUUCACGGCUACACCUGCCACGGAGUCAGGAGCGCGGGGUGUGUGGUGGGGAGGUGACGCACCGGCGCUGGGGACACACGGGUUUUCCUGGCGUGGCUCAUCCACGGGACUGUCCAGGGAGGAGGCUGUCGGCCAAAGGUCCCAAACAGGCCAGAGCUCGGGCGGGGCGGCAGGGGCCCCGUGCCCGCAGCACGUGGCUGGUAAGUGGAGCCUCCGGAGUCAGCACGACGGCCAGCACAGAGCAGGGAGAGGGCGACCCGGGAGCAGCCUCUGGGGAGCCCCGCACCGAAGGGCCGGGCGGGGGGAGCUGAGGGCCCGGGAGACCCGGGGACACCAGGCCUCUGGAGCCCCGGCAGCGGCUGGUCCCCUCAGUCCCUCGCCGCCUUGGCGGUGGGCUGGGGCAGCCUCCCCUCAAAGGUGGAGGAUCCUUCCUGAGGCCCUCACGGUGCUGCUGAGAGCCACUGAGGGCAGGACAGCAAAGCCCCCCCCGGCCUUGAGGGGGGCCCGGAAUGAACGGACGAGAAGCUCCUCUCCAAGGACUCUGCCACUGGGUUCAGGCCCCACCCGGACAAUCCAGGAUGGGCUCAUCUCCAGCCUCAGCUUUGAUUCCAUCUGCAGCAACCUCUUUCCAGAUAAGCUCAUAGUCUCAGGUUCUGGGUGGUCGUGAAUCUGGGGGGGACACCACUCGCCCUGAUACAGGGCCUUGGAAGGAAACCCCAGAUGCUGUGCAGGAGCUCCGAGGAACACACGGCUCAAGGCUGAGGGCAGCGGGGGCCUCAGCCCCUCUUAGUGCGUUCCCAGCCGGCUAGGCUCCUCCCCGCACUGUUUAAGAAGGAGCAUCCCGCCCCCUCCCCCGCCCCGCCCCC